UCCUCCACUGCUCCGCCGGGUCAUAGUUUUGCCUCCAGCGCCCGGCGGCCGAGUCGCAAUUCAAGCUCCGGCUCAGGCCACGGCCACUCGGUGUCCCGCAUGUCAAGAUCGCGCAGCUCCGAGUGGAGAGUUGCGCGUUGCCGUCAUGAACUCUCAUUAUUUUUUGGCUUUCUCAGCUGUCCGGGCCUCACGACUUACACCCUCCCGCUAUCUCUAUCCUGUCUUUCAUCGCCAUCUCACUUGACCGUGUGUCUUGUGUCUCUUGACAGAGUGUGAAAGAGUUGAGCUCCCAGGCUAGAUAGAGCCUCGUUACCCAGUCAACAUGGCCGCCGACGACCAGCACGGGGACGGUGCCUACCGUCAGUACCUGCCUGACCUCAGCACCCCGCGCUUCACCGAGAUGCAGAAGCAGGAUGCCCACGAGUACGCGGCGGCGUUCAAGGAGGGCGGCGUCCCGCCGUGGCUGCACGGCCUGUACCUGCACUGGCGCAAGCUGUUCCAGGAGCCCUUCAAGGGCAUCACCAACGAUGGCCGCGUCCGCCACGACCUCUUCCGUCUCCAGGACGAGGGCAUGCCCAUCUCGGCCAUCGUAGCCGCGGCCAAGUCCCUCCUCGACCAGCUGACCCCGGCCCAGCUCGCAGCGGUCUCCUACCACAUCGACUCGCCCGAGUGGCGCUCCUGGUCCAACCCGGAGUUCCUCCUCUCCGACAAGGGCAUCCGCCUCGACGAGGUGACCGCGUCCACGCGCGACGCCGUGCUCGCGGUGCUCGAGGCGACCCUCUCCCCCGAGGGCUACCGCAAAGCCAUCUCGGCCAUGCGCAUCAACGGCUUCCUGGGCGAGCUGGUCGGCGCGCCGCGCGUGUGCAACGAGUUCUCGUACAACUUCGUCCUCUUCGGCGCCCCGUCCGAGACCGCCCCCUGGGGCUUCUCCUUCUACGGCCACCACCUGUGCCUCAACGUCUUCCUGUACCGCACGCAGGCCGUCAUCUCGCCCUGGUUCACCGGCGCCGAGCCCAACGUGAUCGACGCCGGGCCGCACCGCGGCACCCGCAUCCUGCACGAGGAGGAGCGGCUGGGCCUGCGGCUGAUGCAGAGCCUGGCGCCGGACGCGCAGCGGCGCGCGCGCGUCUACGAGCGCCUGCGCGACCCGGCCAUGCCGCGCGGGCGGUGGAACCACGACGACCAGCGGCACCUGUGCGGCGCCUACCGCGACAACCGGGUCGUGCCGUACGAGGGCGUGGUGGUCGGGUCCGGCGACAUGGACGAGGCGCAGCGCGCGCUGGUGCGCGCCAUCCUCGAGCAGUUCCUGCUGUACCUGCCGCGGCCGGCGCGCGAGCUGCGCCUGCGCGAGGCCGAGCGCUGGUUCCACGAGACCUACUUCUGCUGGAUCGGCGGCUUCGCCGACCACGACCCCUUCUACUACCGCAUCCAGAGCCCCGUCAUCAUCGUCGAGUUCGACCACCACUCGGGCGUCUUCCUGACCAACCGCGAGCCCGCCAGGUUCCACAUCCACACCCUGCUGCGGACCCCCAACGGCGGCGACUACGGCAUGGCCCUGCGGCCGCUGAUUCCCGGCGUCGUCGAGCAGGAGUAUGUCUGGGAGGGGGACAAGGAGGGCGAGCAGGAGCAAGAGAAAUAGUGGUAGUGUCAGCACAUCAGUGAUAUAUAUGUAUGUGUGAUUAUUAGCCCGUAAGUUGGCUUGGAGCAAUGAAAGGGGACAAACACAGAAAUUGUUACGAGGUCUUCUUGAUGCCACGGCGAAUUCUUCAUCCUGCUAGACAUCCAGACUUGUCCG